AUGUCUGGCAACACUAAGGCUUUCUUCGACGUCAGUUACAAUGGACAAACGAAACGUAUCAACUUCAACCUCUUCGAGCAAGAGGUCCCCAAGACUGCCCGCAACUUCCGUGAGCUCUGCACCAAGGCCCAAGGCUUCGGCUAUGCGGGCUCUGGCUUCCACCGUGUGAUUCCCCAGUUUAUGCUCCAGGGUGGUGACUUCACCAACCAUAACGGCACUGGUGGCAAGUCCAUCUACGGCGAGAAGUUCCCCGACGAGAACUUCAAGUUCAAGCACACCAAACCUGGCCUCCUCUCCAUGGCCAACGCUGGUCCCAAUACCAACGGCUCGCAGUUCUUCAUCACCACCGUUGUGACCUCGUGGCUCGAUGGCAAGCACGUCGUUUUCGGCGAGGUUGCCGACGAUGAAUCCUUUAAUGUUGUCAAGGAAAUUGAGGCUCUUGGCUCUGCUAGCGGCAAGCCUAAGUCUGAGAUCAAGAUCGUCAAUGCUGGUGAGCUAUAG